GAAACAACAGGAAGUGACGGUACCGUUGCGCAUGCGUUGAAGGACCGAGAGUUCUCUGUGGCCGCUCCUCACAAUUCCAUCCACUCAUGUUUUGCGCGCGUAGCCAAACGAGAAGACACAGGCUGGCGCACGCGCACGAAUACCAAACCUUCCCCAUCAGGAAUCGGCCUUGAACCGCCUAAGUGCGGAGCUGGCCAGGUUCCUCGUCCGCUCAUUGUCACCAGACUGGCUGGUUCUUCCCGCCAAAGCGGUUGUCUUCUGCUGAGUCACCGCGCUGGGCGUCUUAUUCCCGCUGCUCUACGAAGCAUCCCUUCCGUUCCUUUUCGGUCAUCUCGGCUCUUUCGCAUUCUGGGCUUCAGUCGCAGGCAGAAACUCCACAGGGGAGAGAGCGCAGUGGAUUGUUCUCUAACAAUGUUGGAGAAUGAGGAGAACCUCCAGGCAGCAUUCAAAAAGCUAAGAGUUGAUUCAGAACAAUCCACUGCUUCUCUCCCUGUGAAUGAGGGGGCAUCUCCAAGAUCAUUUAUAGAAACUACAGAUGAAUCCAAAGUAAAAAUGACAUUUGGAUCUAAAGAAAGUUGGCACUGGUGUUUGAGAAAACCUUUGAGAGGCGCAGUUAGAACCCAACGUCGCCGGCGAUCAAAGUCUCCAGUACUCCGUCCUCCUAAAUUCAUCCACUGUGCUAAACAGAUGCCUUCCUGUAGCCAGUCAGUGAACAAGAAUCCAACAGAUGUUUCUGAAAGCAACAAAGAUUUGGAUAUGCCAAAGAAAUUUUUUGAAAAUGAACAGGCCAGUCAUACUCUUGAAUUCGACAAAACGCAAACACAUUUCAAAGAUUCUGAGGCAUCCAUGAUUGGAAUACCAAAGAGUGUUACUGAAAAUUGCUCUGGUGGUGGUGUUCUCCCCACAGAAAUUCUAAAGGUCACAGAUCUUUCUGAUUUCCAGUCUGUGUCUGAACAAAAUAAAGGGAAUUUUUGUGCAUACGUAGAGAAUGAAUGCCAGUGUAAGCAAUGGCAAGACAUGAACGUGUAUACGUUUUCUGACAUACAGAACUCCCCCCAGUGUGCAUCUGAAAGAACAGCACACAUGCAGGACAACUCACAGCUGUUACCAUCAAGAAUUUCCUCCAGUUCUCUCAGAUCUUGCUCUGAGCAAGCCAGAGCUCAUGUAGAUGAUGUGACUAUUGAAGACCUUUCAGGUUAUAUGGAAUACUUCCUGCAUAUCCCUAAGGAAAUGUCCCACAUGGCAGAAAUGAUGUACACCUGACAACAGUCGACCUUAGUGAACAAAGGGCUUUGAUAUCUGCCCUGAAUCAUGCUCCAUCCCAGAAGCAGUUUGCUCUCUGUGCUUGUAAUAAAACCACUUUGCAUUUCUGGCAGACUUCUUGUUUUUCAUAGAUUAGCAAUUUACAUAAAUUCUAAAUCAGAAGACUGCAAAGCAAAUAGCAAGCCUAGGGAAUUAUACAAUUUUAUGUAAGGCAUAACCUCAAUCGGUAGUUUGGAUUAACUGGCUUAUUUUUUUAAGGGCAUUGAAUUAUAAAACAACAGUCUAGAGGAAAUCGAGCACUUUCCACAUUUGGGGCCAAGUACCGCAUAUUGUUGUAUGUUCUAAUGACUGUAUGUGUAGGUAUGUAUAUAUAUUAUGUGUGUGAUCUCAUACGCAAACACACAUUGUAAAUUAUCAGAAGCAUAGCAGCUGAGUUCUUCGAUUUGACCUUUGUUUCUAAUGCACGAAAUCUGCUGCUGCUGAGUUGAAUACAUUAUCUGUAAUUGUAGAAGUCAAUGUUUUCCUUCUCAGUAUUGCUUUAAAUGCAACCUAAAAUACCAUGUUUAUGCAGUUUCUUUUACAAUAAAGGGAAUCUUUCCGA